UUUGCUCGUCGGCGUGGCUCCUGAUGCUAUUUCCAGGGGAACAAAAACGCCUCAACGUAUCCAACUAUCAUGCUUUUAAAGAUAAAACCACAGGUUUAGACUCAAUGCAAACUUAGAUUUACUUUGUGUGUCUAACAGCGCUGUUAACAACAGGAAAUAUGUCAGAGUUCAGUCUAGAAUCUGUAGCUGUAAAUGUGGAGGUAUGCUAACUUUAGCUUGCUAGCUAAGCAACACACCGCUGGCAGCUUCCUGGAUUUUACGGCACAGCAACAUGUUUGUGGAACAGAGGGGGGACUGGAUACUGACCGGAACUACGGUCGCCUUCGUAACAGCUGUGUAUGUACCCUGUGUGCAGAGGACUGUACCCGGGGGAGACUCAGGAGAGCUGAUCACCACUGCAUGUGAGCUGGGGGUGGCUCAUCCUCCAGGAUAUCCAGUCUUCACCCUCUUGGCCCGCUUGUCUAUGUAUCUGCUGCCCUCCUUGUCUCCAGCUCACAGUGUCAACCUUAUGUGCAGCCUUCUGGGAGCUGCAGCUUGUGGUUGCUUAAGUCUAACAGUCUGCAGGCUGACAGGUCCUGGACCUGGUGCGGUCCUGGCUGGAGGCCUGUUUGCUGUGUCCAGGCUCAGCUGGCAGUGGUCGAUGGUGGCAGAAGUCUUCACCCUCAACAACCUUUUCGUUGGCCUUCUGUUCUUCUUGACGGCCAGCUUCCACUGUGCUGAAAACUCCAGACAGAGAAGGAAGAUUAUGCAUUGGGGUGCAUUUUGCUGCGGCCUGGGGCUGUGCAACCAACACACUCUGGUCUUGUAUGUGCUGGUCAUCGUUCCUUGGGUCCUUUCCCAACUCUAUGCUCUAAAGGAGCUGUCUUUUUUGGGCCUUGUAUCUCUGGGAUUUUGUUUCAUCGCUGGCUUUCUCCCGUACAUCUACCUCCCCAUCUCCUCCUACCUCAACACAGCCCGCUGGAGCUGGGGGGAUCAAACCAGCCUGUCGGGUCUGCUGACCCACCUGCUGAGGGCAGAGUAUGGCACAUUCAGCCUUGCGAAGGCAGAGACCUCGAUGAGUCUGAACCGAAUGCUGCAGGCCCAGCUGGACCACUGCCUGGCGGAUCUCUCUCCUCCUGUUUUGGUUCUGGCAGGAAUAGGUCUUCUCUUGUCCUCGUGGGACAGGACCUGCCGCUCAGUGUCCUGGCUGUUGACUUCAAUGCUGCUUGUCUAUUCUCUGUUUUUUGCUUGGAGAGCUAACCUGGACAUUAGCAGACCUUUACUGCUUGGAGUGGUGGAGCGUUUUUGGCUCCAGAGCGAUGCUGCAGUUUGUGUGCUGGCUGGCCUCGGUUUGAGCCAUGCUCACAGUAAGCUGGAGAGGUGGCAUGGACAUGGAGGGCUGUGGAAAACCACCGGCUGGGUCUUCACUUUAGCUCUGCUGGGACAAAUGGGUCACACCAACCAUAGGGAGUGUGACCAGAGCGGUAACAAUGUGGUGGAGCGGUUCGGCAGGGAGCUUCUGGCCUCCUUCCCAAAAGACUCACUCAUCCUGACCAGAGGAGAUCUGCCAGGAAACUCUCUGCGUUACCUACACUACUGCCAAGACAUCCGGCCCGAUAUCCGCCUGGUCGACCAGGAGAUGAUGACAUAUUCUUGGUAUGUGGCCAAACUGGGGGAGCAUCUUCCUGGAGUCCAUUUUCCUGGCCGCUGGUGGGACCCAGUGCACCACGAAGAGAAGGACACCUUCAGUCUCAAGCAGUUUCUGUCCCACAACACACACAGGGACGUGUUUGCCUGCAUUGGGCUGACUGAUGGUGAUCCAAGCUGGGAAGGCAGCUUCUCUCGCUGGCCUUUGGGUGUGUGUGACUACCUGGUGCCGGCCCAGAGGCAGUUUUCACCAGAACAAUGGGCCGAGCGCACCCGCAGCAUCUAUAACUGGAGCGAGCCACACAACAGUUUUAAUCCUGCAUCUUGGGAGCGUGUUGCUAACGAGGAGAUGUGGCAAGCGAGGAUGAAGACGGCUUUCUUUCUGUUUGACCUGGCAGAGAGGACGCAUGGCGAGGGGAAAGCGCGUCUCUUUGAGCUGUCUUACACUCUGUAUACAGAAAUUAUUGGGGCCCACUCAGUCUACCCUCCAAACUGGGACAAGAACCUUGCUCUGGCGUGCGAGAGGCUGCUCCGCUCAGGUCACCGGGGCUACAGUCCAGACCACCUGCUGACCUGCAGCAUUCAGCACUUUACUCUCUACUUGGAGAAAGACCCCACGGAUCCCCAGGCAGCAGCCAUACGCUCAGCCGUUUCCCACCUGCUCAAGGAGAGGGACAGACUACGCCAGAGCUGGAAGCAAACUCCAUGAUUGAGUCCUGGAAAAAGCAUGGGGAGCUUCUCCAAAACCAACCAAAGUGCUCGGUUGAGGGAUUUAUAGCACUGUUGAAAAGUCUGAAACCGCUGCUCACUUCUUAAAUUUUGCUAAAUUUUUUACAUUAAAUGUUUAAUGUUCAUUUUGUCAUGUAAGUUUUUUUUAGAGUUUUCAAAAUGUGUUCUUCAGCAAAAUGAACUAUUUUAUCUACAAAAAUAACAAAAGAUGAUGCAGUUCACUGGAGGUAAAAUACUGUCCUAAAGACCCUUUCAAAAAUAUUCAACAUUCAUGCACUUUUUCUCAUUACAACCACAAACUUUAUAGAUGUUGUUGGGAUAUUAUGGUGACGGAUAAACAAAAAGUAGUACAUUAUUAUGAAUUAGAAGGAACAUGAACAUGGUUUUCAAAACUCUCACAAAUAACAAUCUGAAAAGCAUUUUGUGCAUUUGUACGUAAUUAAUACCAUCUUGUCUUAUCAUCAACUCUAACCAGCUUCCCUGAAGAAAAGCAUCCCCAUAGCAUGACACUACCAUGUUUCGCCACGAGGAUGGCGGGUUCAGGGUCAUGUGCAGUGUUAGUUUUUGAUGUAAAUGGAUUGAACUUAGGGAGUGGGUGAACUGGUGUUAGAAGAAGAGCAUCUUCUUCUGGGUUUGUUCUGUCCCCUACAUGGCUCAUGUCAAAUUUUAACUUCUUAUGGAGAUUCUCCCAGCAGAGCUGUGGUUCUCUGCAGCUCCUCCAGAGUUACCAUGGGGUUCUUGGCUGCUUCCCUUAGAAAUGCUCAGGUGUCUGUCUAAUGUUCCAUGGAGCUGUUUGUUCACUAAUGUUCUCUAACAAACGUCUGAGGCCUUCAUGGCACAGAUGUCUUUGUACUGAAAUAAAAUUUCCCAGAGGUGGAGUUUA